GCACGUGAGUACUCAUGUAGGGAGACAAAAUCUCAAAGGAUCGAGGUGUUCACACUCUCGGUGACCCUACCUCCUUUGCUCGCAGCACACUCUUCUCUGGGAAUCGCGUCCGCACCAAAGCUCCGAUCUUGGAACUUGAGGCGGAGAUGCCGACACGACGCCACCGGGUCGGUUAUCGGUGCUUGAAAGCAACCACACAGAGGGAAAACACUAAAAAAAACCCCCGAAUCCACUCAAAAAACCCUCCUUUUUUCAUUGUUUCCCCCCCCUGUAAUCAUCUUUCCUCUCUCUGCUCGAAGGAUCGUGGGGGCAGGGUGAGAGAUAGGAGACAUUGAGAAGACCGACUUGUGAGUGAGUGAGAGUGAGAGUGAGAGAGAGAGUGAGAGUGAGAGAGAGAGAGAGUGAGAGAUUUUUAAGUGAGGGCUAGGGAGAGAAUGCAGCAGCAUCUGAUGCAGAUGCAGCCCAUGAUGGCAGCUUAUGCUUCUCCGAACCAGGUCACCACUGAUAUUAUUCAACAGUAUUUGGAUGAGAACAAGCAGUUGAUUCUGGCAAUUCUUGACAACCAGAAUUCUGGAAAAACAGAUGAAUGUGCUGAAAAUCAGGCUAAACUUCAGCGGAAUCUUAUGUACCUCGCUGCCAUUGCUGAUAGCCAGCCACAAAUGACCACCAUGUCCCAGUAUCCAUCGAACACGGUCAUGCAAUCCGGCGCACGAUACAUGCAACAUCAAGCGGCUCCGCCGAUGACUCCUCAGUCGCUCCUAGCCGCUCGAUCAUCGAUGCUCUACCAUCAGUCGCCGAUGUCCGCACUGCAGCAACAGCAGCAGCUCGCGCUCCACAGCCAGCUGAGCAUGAGCUCCGGCACGAACGCCGGCUUCAACGUGUUUCACGGCGACGGGACACUCGGUUCGGGAGUUUUUGCCGACUUCGGACGCGGCGGCGGAGGACUGAAGCAGGGAAUGGGAGGAGGCGAAGGACGAAGCGGCAACGGAGGGGGCGGGCAGAACGGGGAUGGAACUGAAGCUUUGUAUAUGAAGGGUUCGGAAGGAGAAGGUAACUGAUGUGUUAGUUGUUUUGAGUAGCAGGUGGUGGUUUAUUAAGAACUUGGUGGCAGGUUAUUUGAUAUAUGGGUGGGUUUCGGGUUAAUGUGGAACUGUGAUGAACUGUUGGGUUUGUGUGUCAUGCAGGUUGGCAUGGCUUUGAAUGUUUUAAUUUGCUAAUCUAGUUAGUUUUUUCUGUGUA